GGUCGACCAGCAGAAAAUCCAGAACAGGAUCUUCCAGCCUCAGUAUCAACCCUCCCCUUAUCGCCGUUCGCUGCGACCGCAAACAUGGCGCCCAGUUUCGACACCCUGACUGAGCAGGACCUCCACGAGGAGGAGGAGGAGGAGAUUGACUUCUCCGACUUGAAGGAACAAUACGAAGUCAAGAUCGAGGAGGGUUUGGAUACAUUCGUCGUCAUCGAUGGGCUCCCCGUCGUGCCGGAGGAGAGCCGGCAAAAGCUCAUCAAAUUCUUGUUGAGGAAGCUCAACACGGUCGGCCACACCUCCGAAGAUGCCGUCUUCAUGCCCAUCAACGACAAGAACAUGUCCGAAGGUUUCGCCUUCGUUGAGUACGAGACCCCCGAACAAGCCAUCGCUGCCGUCAAGCAACUGCACGGCGUCCCCCUCGAUAAGAAGCACACCCUCGCCGUGAACAAGCUCAUGGACAUCGACCGCUAUGGCCGGGAAGGACGCAUCGAUGAGGAAUACAAGCCCCCCACCAUCGAACCCUUCAAGGAGAAGGAGCACCUCCGUUCAUGGCUUGGCGACGCCAAUGCCCGUGACCAGUUCGCCCUCUACCGCAACGACAAGGUCGGCGUGUUCUGGAACAACAAGAACAACCCCCCGGAGAACGUCGUCGAUCGCGCCCACUGGACGCAGCUCUUCGUCCAGUGGUCCCCCAAGGGUACCUACCUUGCCUCCGUCCACCCCCAGGGUGUCCAACUCUGGGGUGGACCCGCCUUCUCGAAGCAAAAGCAGUUCCCCCACCCCUUUGUGCAACUGGUCGAGUUCUCGCCCGGUGAGAGCUACCUGACCACCUGGUCCGCCCGCCCCAUUCAGGUCGAGGAAGGUCACCCGGUCCUGACCUACGAGGAGGACGGAAAGAACAUCAUCAUCUGGGAUAUUAUCACUGGAAAGCCCCUGCGGUCAUUUGUUUCCCACGAUCUUACUGCCGGUCCCGGUGCUGAAGGCGAUGCCCAGCCCAAGAAGAAGGUCCAGUGGCCUGCUUUUAAGUGGUCCGCUGACGAAAAGUACGUCGCGAGAAUGCUACAAGGCCAGUCGAUCUCGAUCUACGAAACGCCCCGGAUGAACUUGCUGGGCAAGACUUCCGUCAAGAUCGAUGGUGUUAUGGACUUCGAAUGGUCCCCCGCUACAGUCAACCGCGAGGGCGUCAAGCAAUACGAACAGCUGCUCUGCUUCUGGACUCCCGAAAUUGGCAGCAACCCGGCCCGUGUUGCUUUGAUGAGCGUCCCGUCGAAGGAGAUUGUUCGUACGCGUAACCUGUUUAACGUGUCGGACGUCAAGCUGCACUGGCAGUCGCAAGGUACUUACGUCUGUGUGAAGGUGGACCGCCACUCCAAGUCGAAGAAGUCCAUGGCCACCAACCUGGAGAUUUUCCGGGUACGCGAGAAGGGUGUCCCCGUUGAAGUCGUCGACAGCCUGAAGGAUACGGUCAUCAACUUUGCUUGGGAGCCCAACGGUGGCCGUUUCGUCCUGAUUACAAACGGUGAGGCUCCCAGUGGUGCUGCGGUUCUCCCAAAGACGUCCGUGUCUUUCUUCGCCCCCGAGAAGAAGGGUGUCUCCGCCGGUAACUUCAAGCUCGUGCGCACCAUUGAGAAGAAGAACAGCAACGCCAUCUACUGGUCGCCCAAGGGUCGUUUCGUUGUCGUCGCCACUGUCCACUCGCAAACUAGCUUCGACAUUGAUUUCUGGGAUAUGGACUUCGAGGGUGAGAAGCCUGAGGGCGAGAAGGAUCUGGCCGCCAAUCUUCAAUUAAUGAAGACCGUUGAGCACUAUGGUGUGACGGACAUUGACUGGGAUCCUACUGGCCGUUACGUGGUCAGCAGUGCUAGUGUCUGGACUCACUCGAUGGAGAACGGCUACAACAUCCACACUUUCGCCGGUCAGACCCUUGCCGAACACCCCACCGAAAAGUUCAAGCAGUUCCUCUGGCGCCCUCGCCCCGCAACCCUUCUCAGCAAGGAGGAGCAGAAGCAAGUGCGCAAGAACCUCCGCGAAUACUCGAAGGAGUUCGACGAGGAGGACAAGUACGCCGUGGACAUUGCCAACACUGCUGUUGUGGAGACGCGCAAGCGCGUUCUCAACGAGUGGGUUGCCUGGAUCCGUCGGGAGAAGGAGUUCCUGGCCGAGGACAAGGAUGCUUUCGGUGUUCCGGAAGACGUCGACUCGGCCAAGCAGGCCAGGGAUGCUCCCGCCGUGUCCGACGACCAGGGCGAAACGGUGGUGGAGGAGAUUGUGGAGGAGAUCAUCGAGGAGAACGAAGAGGUUAUCGGUUGAUUGGGCGUCCAUUUCCAUAUCUAAUGUGUUCCAUUCCAUCUAUUUCCCUUUCCUUCUUCUUGCAUCUUGUCUGUCGAUAUCCUCGCCCUUUUUUUAACCUCGGAAGCCUCCCAAUUUUCCCUCCCUGUGAGCUUCUUCUGUGAUCCAUUUGGAUUGGUUCCAGCCCGGGGGUAUGUCUGGAACAACAAUCAAAAGUGAAUAGAUCUAUGUUUGCAUAUUUCCCAAGCGUGGGACUUUGAUGUGCGUGAUGUGAUGUUGGUAGCAUGAGAGAUGACAGACAAUGAUGAACCUGCCGUUCUGCCUGCCGCAUGUAGCUUAUUGCACUUGAUUUCAAAACAACUUCCCAU